AUGAAUAGUAAUACAAAAAUAACCUUAACUAUCGAAUAAUUAACAGAGCUACUUAUGAAUCCAUAACUACCCAACAUUUAAAGUAGCCUGCAAUCAUUGACUGAAUUUGAAUUGAGAAAUAACAAAGUAGAUUUAAUGAAAAUAGUAUCAUUUGUUGAUUAAGAUGAGUUCCAAGCAGCUAGCACAUCUACUUCGAGUAAAAAUAGUCAAAAUUAAUAAAUGAUUGAGAAAAUUAACGAAUUAGAAUUAGAAAAUACAUAUCUCAAAGAUUAAUUGGAGUAGCAAAUUUAGAAAGAAUGUCAAUUAAGAUAAUAAAUGAACCUAUGUUUGAAAGAAUCAGAUAGGCUAAAAAUGUAGAAUCAACAUCUAAAUAAGCAGUUGGAUGAACUAGAAAGAAUAAUAAAUCAUAAUAAAUUGACAUCAAAUAGAAUAGAUCCUAUCUCUAAAUCAGUUCAUUUGGAUAUUAAAAAAGCCCUAGUAGUUAAACCCUUGACUAUUGCCUAACCUCUACGCAAAUUUUCAGGAACGAGUGGAAUCGUAGCAUAGCAUCCUUUUAAAAAUUCUAAAGAUCUCAAUAGAGUAAAAACUGAAAGAAGUAAUUUAUGA